AUGGAAGCGCUCCGCGCGGGGCUUCCAGAGGGUCUCAAUGGCUUCCCAGUGAUCUCCUGCGAGGCGAGGCAGCAGUUUGUGGAGCUCUACGGUGGCGAGAAAGAGUGGGACGCGGCUUCUGCUCCAGACGGUGCGGCAGAGAAGGCAGCGAAGGAGAAGGUCGCGGCCGAGGCGGCCGCCUGGGACAUCGUGCCCUGCGACUGCGUCAUCGUCCGCGGGGACGCCAUCGUGAGCGAGGCCAGCUUGACGGGCGAGUCUGCACCGCAGAUGAAGGACGCGAUCGUGGUUGAGGACCGAGCGCUCGACAUGCAGGGCCCCGACCGGGUGCACAGCCUCUUCUCAGGCACGAAGCUGCUGCGCUCGUCUGAAGGCAGCGCCCGGAAGGCCGGGUCCGUGGCGUGCGGUGCCGAGGGCGCGCCCAAGGUGCCCAAGACGCCGGAAGGCGGCUGCCUCUGCUUCGUGGUGUGCACGGGUUUCUCGUCCUCCCAGGGCGAGCUGCUCCAGAUGAUCGAGUUCUCACAGGAGGGGAAGGGGGAGUGUCCGGAGACACGAAGGAGACCCUCGUGGCUCUGCUGGUCCUGCUCUCGUUUGCGCUGGUGGCCGCCGGGUACGUGCUGA